ACAUUCCUAGUGUAAAAGUUACCGCGAACGGUUUACUCUUUGCAAUUUGCGAUGUUGGUUUUUGUUUCUUCCAAACACUACUGUAAUAUCGAAUUUGUUAUUAGUGUUGCUACUUAGUGCGGACGAGCUAAGUGCGUUGUACGAGAGCUAAGGAUUGUUUUGUAGAGAUGUUUGGUUCAGUGGCUUCGUGAGCGCAAUGGAGUGCUGCGGAUUAGCUCGAGUUCUCUUUGGUAAGUAGUGAGCGGAUUGAUGUAAAUCAUUGAAGAAAAUGAGCAGGAACUCAAUGAGGAGGUCGGAUUUCCAUGACGAGCACUGCUGCGCGGGGAAUGUCACCGGGAACUUCCGGCGCACCUCUUCCCUGCGCGUGCGUGGGGAGAAGAUGGUGCAGCAGCGGUCGCCCCUGUCCACCAGGAGGGUCAUCCCGAUCAUCACGGAGAACCAGCACCACAAGCACCGCAGCGAUGCGCCGCGCCCGGCCGAGCCGAGCCCGCGCCCGCGGAGCCAGGCUUCAUUUUUCCAGUCACUCAGCUCCAAUGCUGUCCAACAAAAAAGCCGAUCUUGCUUGAAACCUCAUGACAACUACAUGGACAGAAAACUGAGCCCCACUGACUCCGCCCACACUCCACCCGGCUCCCCUGAGGAUCUGCCCGAUGAUGACUCCCUACACAGCUAUGGCAGUGCUGCCACAGCUGCCUCCAUUGAUGCUGGAUAUGCCCCAUUCAAUGGUACCACAUUCAGCGGGAGGUCCAUGCGCUAUGUGCUGCACUGCUCCUCGCAUGCGGGCCUGGCCGGGGAUGAGUACCUCACCCCCACACAAAGAGCACAAAGACAAAUAAGAAGACUAAAGCACCUACUCAGCCAUGCCAAAAAAGAUCUUGAUAAGAAAGACAGUGAAAUAUUCCAUUUGACCAAAGAAGUUGUUGAACUGCGCCUCUACAAGGCUUCCAUUUGUUCCCCUGACGACAAAUCUAACUCCAGUGAAAUUGUGACUAUAAGGGAGAAUGCUGAAGAUGGAACUGAACAAGAGAGUCCCAAGCAUGCAGUUGCAUGUCACUCAUCAUUUGACGUUACCGACAGCCCCUUAUUCAAGGACCAGACCCCAACUAGAUGUCGUAACAGUGAAAUGCAAGGUUCCUUUACCGAUUCCGGCCACUAUGAUGAUCUCACCAAUUCGUCCUUACACUCCAAAGAAUCGAUUACAAUGCACACACAUGAUGCAUCAUGCAUGACAGAAACAAAUGAGCAUGAAGAAGACCGUCGCAAGCUGAUAGAGUAUUACGAGAAGAAGAUAGAGGACAUGGUGCGGGCACAUGUGGGGGAGACGCAGGAGUUGAAGAAGGCGCACAACGACAAGGUGGAGGGGCUGUUGUCGAAGCUGGGCGAGGCGAGCGCGCGCUACGGGGAGCUGCUGCCGUCGCACGAGGCGGCGCGCGCGCGCGUGGCGGCGCUGGAGCGCGAGCUGGACGCGCUGGCCACACAGCUGCAGCAGGACGAGGCCCGGCAGCGCGCCGCCUACCUACACAUGUACAACAAGGGGGUCGAGGCCUCCAAGUAUGAGCCUGAUAAGGAGUUAGAGAGUCCGGACCGGUCUUGCUCCUCGCCGCGGGUGUCGGUAGAGGAGCUGCUGGAGCAGCUGCAGAUCACUCAGACGGAGCUGGAGAAUGUUCGGGAUGCGGAAUACACCACGGAACGGUCGGCAAAGUCACUUCUAAGUGCAAAGGAGGCUGUUUCCUUGUGGGUCCUAGGAGCGAGAAAGGCAAUGUACCGUCGCAUUGUCGAGUCCCAGAAGGGAAAUAAGGCCAGUGUGGACCCCGAGGUCACCCUUCAGUUCCUGAAAUCGGCAAUCUACUACUUCCUGACUGACACCGAGAACCACCAAGGUCAUCUGAAUGCCAUCGAGAACAUCCUAGGCUUCACUGAAGCUGAGAAAGAGAAAAUCCGAAAGGCCCGCGCCUCAUAAGACUGCUGUGAUCGUGUGAUAUACUGUAACUGUAGAUUUCAUUUCGUUGUAUUGUAUAGUUUAUUUUCGCAUGCCGUCUUCUUGGACACCACGCGUGUUUUUUAUUUACUUGCUUCGUUUUUAGAUCAUGUCACAAUAUUGUGAAACAGCAUAAUUUAGUUUAGGUAGGUAAGUAUGCUUUGUUUUUAGGAUAUUGUCUUUUGAAUCGAUUGUUCUGAUUGUCUUCAAUUUGUGAUAUGAUUUAUUCCUUAACUUUAACUUAUUAGUUUUAAGAACCAAAGAUUCUCGUUUCCUAUGAGUUGUGCGUUAAGUAGUUAAGUAGAUUGUAAGUUAGUAAAAUGUAUUACAGUUUACCAAAUUUUCAACGGUCCUAUUUUAAAAUUAUAGUUUAUACAUGGUUUUAAAUAAGUUAUCUUUUGUUAUUUCUUGUUUUUGUUAUGGAUGAUUUUGUUAUUUUAUUUUGCAUGCGAAUGCAUUUUAUAUUUUAAUCUAAGCAUAAUAAAUUACAAUAAUUAUAAAAAGUAGAUUAGCUAUAAAUGCGAGACAGGGAAUUAUAUUGACAUUUAAAUAACAACGGAGAUAAUUAUUUGUGAUCGUCCUUCUAUAAAUAUUUACAGUUAGUGAUUAUCAACUCACUUUACAUCAUAUUUAAUUUUCCCCUAUUGUUAUUUUGUUCCUAUUAUCAAACUUGCCAACAUUCGUAACUUUUUAUAUAUUGUUCUGCUGUUAGAAAUUUGUUUAACUAAAUAAGUAUACUUACCUACUUAAAUACAUAUUCUGCCUUGCCACCGUUCUGCAGCUGUGAUCAGUAGUACCUAAUAUUGUAUGAAUCUAUGUAAACUGCAUAAUACUAAAGUAUUAUUUAUGAAAUUAUGAUUGUACAUUUUACGUCACUCAUGGUUGCAAGUUGCAAUAUGUAAAAACGGAGUUAAAGGAAUAUAAGAUGAUUAAUUAAUUCGGAAAAUCAACUAGGCAUCUCGCUUCAUCUGUAUACACAUGCUACUAUGAUUAACUCAUCGUAUAUUCUUUUAUCUAGUUUAUUUAUAUGUUAAGAUCUAAAAUUGUGUGCACCUAGAGAAAAUAUUAUGAGGAACUGUCCUACAGGGCCGUAGGGGUAAUCUGUCCGAAUCAGAGCAAAUAGUUGUAUGUAAUUAGUACUGCGUUAGAGCGGCGACUGUUUUAUUCGUCGCCUGUAGGUAGCUAAAUUUACAGAGCAGUUGGAAAUAAAAUACAUUGUAAGUAACAUAGCAGCAUUAUCUUUAAGUAUUACUGUGCAAUAUUCUGAUUAUGUUUACUUUCGCUCAAUUGUUUUUAUUUGCUACAAGUAGUUUACUACAACUUUGUUUCAGGGUUUUGAUCAUGACAGUAUUUGAAUAUUUUCAUGACAUUAGGACAAUAUUUUGUUUUUUUGACAUGUCCCUUGCCUAUUUUGUUUCUUUUGCACUGAUUAAAAGCAAAAUAUGAA